UCAGAUGUAUGGAGUCUCGAGCCCUCUCAUCUUCCAAAAGGGUUCAGAAUCAGUCAUUCUCUCUUCGGAACAGGGGGUGCAUCAGGGGGACCCGUUAGGUCCUGUUUUGUUUGCUACAUCAAUUCACUCCACACUUGUUGCUCUGCAAGCUAAAUUUCCGGAGGUUGUUUUGCUUGCCUACCUAGAUGAUGUUUUCAUUGUGGGUCAAAACAACAUGGCACUUCAAGUCUUUGCUUCUCUAGAAGAGUCAUUCUUACCGCUCAAUCUAAAGAUCAAUCAAUCAAAAUGUGAGUUGCUGUCUCUUCAGGGUGAUAGUAAUCCAUCUCCUAUUCCUACAUCAACAUCUGGUUCUGUUGUCUUGGGAUCUCCAGUAGGCACCACAAGUUUUGUCCGUUCUUUCUGCCUAUCUGCUGCAGAGUCUGGAGAAGACUUUUGUUCUCGGAUAUGCAACCUUGAUGAUAGUCAGAGCUCAGUUCUGCUUUUACGUCAUUGCCACUCCACACGUCUUAACCACUUAGCCAGGACAGUUCCUGUUUCUCUUUUGAUACCUGCAGCUCAGAAGCACGACCGAACUAGUUGUCAAACGUUCAGGAACAUUCUUGGUACAGAGGAUCUGUCACCCGCGCUUUGGAAUCAGAUAUCGCUUCCUGUUAAGAAAGGUGGCUUUGGUGUUUCGCCUCUGGAGAGAGUUUCGCCUGCCGCCUUUCUUGCUGGUUGGGCACACACUUGCCAAUCACUUCUAGACAGGUUUCCAGGUUCAGGUUCCCUGCUGUCGUCUCUGUCAGAUCCAUCUGAAUCUGAUGGCCAAAUUGUCCAUGACCUAGAUGAGGCAGCCGCUAUGAUUCCGCCACUGUUGCUAUCUGAUGAAGAUCCGAAACCAGUUUCGUACGCCCGCCAUGAGCUUCUUUUAGCAGAUGCAAGAAAAUUGCAACACAGACUAUCCAAUGCUAUUGCUCAAAAAAACACCACAGCCCUUUUAGCGUCAGUCGUCUCUGACAAAGAUUCAGCACGAUUACAAUCUCUUCAAGGCCCCUACGCGGGAGCUUGGCUCGACUCUAUACCCUCCUCUCGCAAGUUCGCGCUAUCGUCUCCGGAAUUUAAUUUGGCGUCUUGCAUGAGGUUGGGGAUACCCUUGCCAUUUGGAGAAUGGGUUGCAAAUUGCGAAUGUGGAUCAAAACUCGACGCUGAAGGUUUCCACCUACUUACUUGCAAGUCUGGCGGCGGUCCCAACUGGCAACACAACAGCCUUGUCGCAAGCUGGUCCGACUGCCUUCUCGAUCUUGGUAUACAUCACCGAAAGGAGCCUCGCAACAGAUACAGCAACAGCGAUGAUAGGCCUGAUAUCGUCGUAUUUGACAGCGAAAAUGGCUCAUCUCUAGAUCUAGAUGUUUCAUUCGCCCACCCCUGGAGCAAAGACUAUCUGAAACGAACAGCUCGAAUCUGCGGAUUUGCUGCCAAAAAACGUGAGGACCUCAAGUUUUCAAAAUAUGAUCAGGAACGUCUAGCAAGUGGUGACUCACCAGCAUUCACACCUCUAGUUUUUGAGCACUUUGGCUGCUGGGGUGAGAAAGCUGUCGACUACUUAAGGGUACUUUCGAGAAAAUCUAGGGAUGCUGUUGGAAAAUCCAACACGGCUGACUUCAUAAAUUUUUGGCGUAAGCGCAUCUCUGUUCAGAUUCAAAAGUGCAAUUCAAGGGUCCUAUUAAGGAAGAUUGACAGGCUUACCAACUCAAGGAGACCAUACAAUCACGGUCAAGACUGGGAUGCCCAGUCUAUUUGGGCUUCAUAAUUUUGACAGUUAGUAAAUUAUUAUACGUAUGGAUUACGUUUGGUGACUGUAGCUGUCUACAUUCUAGUUUAGCAUAUCAGUGAUUUCUGUAUAUUUGGCUGUUUAGUUAUAUCUGAAAUAUAGCCAGCCAGCCAGCCAGACAGACAGACAGACAGACAGACAGACAGACAGCCAGCCAGCCAGACAG